AGUUCGGUAAUGACAGUUCAUAACAUUGUUCAGUAUAUAAUAACAGUUUAGCGAGACAAGAAUGUUAGUCAAAAGUUAAAAUUGUUGAGUCAGAUUAACAAGGUCGAACGUUUGAAGUGUACACGGAGUUUUGUAUCAUUUCCAUAAUAGGCACUAUUACGAACUCGCCCAAUCGUAAAGACCGUGAAGCUGGUCCUAUUCUAUUAUUUUAAUCAAGGCUGAAGUUUGGUGAACGCGCAGCAAAUUGUUGUAUAAGUGUAUAUACAAAUCAAGUCUUUAACAAAGAGAGUUAGUAAAUAAUUUGAUACAUCGGGAUUGUGAAAUGUAAACCAGACGGUGUUUUUAAAUAAAUUAGUGUGUUGAGUAUAUGUGAAUAGCUUAGUGUUUCAAUUGUUUUAUUCGCAAAAUGGAAUCAGAAAAAAUAAAAAAUUUAGACGAGUUGAUCAAAAAAUACCACGGUGAAGAUGUGCAAAUUGUGGAUAAAAAGAUGACGAAUUUAACAGCCCCCGGUGAAAAUUACCUCAGUGAUAUAUUUAAACUCGAUGUUACUAUUAAAAAUAAAAAUGGUAAUGAAAGUAUCGAGCACUACGUUGCCAAAUCAGUUUUGAUAAAACCCGAUAUGCCAUCUGAUAUGAAUGUUGAAAUUUUUAAAAACGAAAUAUUAUUUUACACGACGGUUAUUCCUACGAUACGACAAUUUGCUAAAGAACAUGGACUCCAAGACAAGGACGUUUUCCCGGAAUUGAUUGCGGCGAGAAUGAAUUUAGAUCAUACAGAUAAAACAGAUGAAAAUGCUGUUCUAAUUCUGGAAAAUUUGGCGGAAAAAGGUUAUAAAAACGCUGAUAGGCACAAAAGUUUCGAUCUAGACGGCGCUAAAUUGAUACUGUCAGAUCUCGCUAUUUUCCACGCUAUACCGUUGGCUUUGAAAAUCCAGAAACCAAAAUUGUUCGAGGAGAAUAUCGCAAAGAUUUGUAAACUACCAAUUCCUCCUAAUAAACGUGAUGAAAUGAGCCCAUCCUCGCCACCGAAUCCUCCUCCUCCAGGAGGUGACAAAGAUGGUAAAAUGAAACCUCCAAAUCUAGUGCCUCUUUUAACCGAAGUAGCCAAAGAAGAUAUUUUUUGUAGAAAUCACGUCGAUAAAUUGGAAAAGUUCAUAACAGAUAUGGAAAAGAAAAUGCUAGAAGAAUUUGGCGCUAAAACAGAUCCCAGUUUACCUUUUGCAACUUUGUGUCAUAAUGACAUGUGGCUAAAUAAUACAAUGCAACUUUCCGAACAAGAAAAGUUCGUAAAAAAUAAGUUUGUAGAUUUCCAAAUGUGUAACGUGAGUGAACUAUUUUCGGAUUUAAUAUUUUUCCUUUUCAGUAGUGUGGAUUUAAUCACCCUUGAAAACCAUUUAGAUUAUUUGAUAAUGUUUUAUCACGAAUGCUUCAUUAAAAUUUUGGAAAAGUGCAAAUGCGACGUCGCUCCUUACGCUUAUAACAAAUUUAUGAUGAAAAUUAAGGAUGCCAUUCCUUCGAAGUUCUUGCACAUCAUGGUUAUGAAUUUUUUUAUUAUUUAUGCUAAAAAGGGAGUGAUGGGGGGCCCAUUUAACAUGAAAGAAUUAACAUCUAGUGAAUCACAUCCAAUAGCUAAAAAGAAAUUCCUAUUUUUAUUCAGGAAAUUGAUCGAAAACGAAUGGAUUUAAAUUUUGUGAAUCAAUUUUAUUUCCUGAACGGUUUAUUUCGUAAUAAAACUUGAAACAAAGUCCGGAAUAUUUGUUAUUACAUAAGAUACGUAUCAAAACAAGUUAUUUACAUGGUCUUUCGAUAGAGUGCACUGUACAAUAACCAUAUUAUGUCUGUUUUUAUUUAUUAGUUUGGCCACAAAGUAAUUUCGGUUUUGUAGUAUAAAAUAACACACUUUUUUUCAACAAACAAUAGUUUCUAAUCAAUUAUCUAUUUUCCAUUUUCCGAUUACCUUUUGCCAUAUUUCUUUCAGUUCAUAAACUUUCCGGUCCUUAUCCAGGUGCGAUUGAAAGACAUCGUCAUUUAUAAAAGUUGAAAGAAUUUUGCAAACUUCGAAAUAAAUGGUAAUCAAAUUGUGCCAGAUCAGGGCUGUAUGGGAGAUGUGGCAUCACUUCUGGCCGUUUUUCUCUGAUUGCUUCAUCCAGUUUCAUGAGUUAUUGAUCAGAAUUGAUAGUUUGGUUCCUUAGAUUUAGCACAAGAAACCCACCAACUUGGUAAUCCCACCAAAAAACAGCAUAAGCUUUUUUUGCUGUUGUCCAGCUUUCGAUGUGGUUUGUGCUGGUUCAUCUUGUUUGCUCCAUGAUAGUUUUCGAACUAUGUUGAUAUACAGGACGCAUUUUUCAUCCCCAGUGAUGAUUCUUUUCAAGAAAGGGUCAGUUUCAUUUUGUUUAAGGUGCGUAUCGAAAAUGUUGAUUCAUUCAAUUCGUGAGGUUUCCAAAUAUCAAGCUUCUUAACUAACCCAAGACAUUAUAAGUUUUUUUCAAUUAUUGUGUGCAAUACAUGUAGCCUCUUCGCAACCUCUCGAACAAUUAUAUGACGAUCCUCUUCAAUUAUGACUUUGAUUUGGUCAUCAUCAACUUCGGAAUCAACCGUCUGGAACGUUGCUCACUUUUGAGGAAAAAAUCUCCAGAACCGAAUUUUUUAUACCACAUAUUUCUUUGUGAGCCGCAGCAACAUAAAUUAUUCAAAAAAUAAAGCGAGACUCUCUAUCAGUAAAAAGCGAAAGUACUUAGUUGCCAAUCUUAUAUUUUAUUCCAAAUUUACUUCACUUUACAUUUCGACAAUAUUAAUAUUUUAAAAGGGGGUUCACAUCCACUUCUUCAUAUAAUUUUAAGAUCCACGUUUGGCCGCUUUAUGAUAUUGAAAUGAAUGUUUUAAUAAUGGUCUUGUGAUUUUGAUUUUAAGAUAUUUAUUUGCUAAUAAAACACAUUUUUUUUUAA